GCUGUGUGUGUGCGUGGCUGUGCGUUUGCGUGGCUGUGCGUGUGCGUGGCUGUGCGUGUGCGUGGCUGUGCGUGUUUGUGGCUGUGUGUGUGCGUGGCUGUGCGUGUGCGUGGCUGUGUGUGUGCGUGGCUGUGUGUAACGGGGAGGGGUAGUGCAGUGGCUUACGUGCCGCACUACGAACCCCACCGCCCAAGUUCGAUUCCCGCUGACGGCCACCAACACUGAUGACGAGAUAGUCCUGGGCCUCCCUUAGGUCGACUCAAAUGAGUACCUUGUGCAGUGUGUAAUCAUCACCAUUCCUAGGGAAACAAAGGCAGCCUCCCACCCUCGUGUGUGCCUUGCUGGCCUUCAUAGGUGCUGCUACUCGCUAACAGCACUUGCCCCAACAGUCUGUUAAGGCUACACGGGGGAUCUUUGUUUCUUUUGGUUGUGUGCGUGGUUGCAGGGUUACACGGCGCUACACAUCGCCACCAUCCACAGCCGUGAAGAGAUGGUGGAACUCCUCAUCACCACCCUACGCGUGCGCCAGGACGUGCGCGACUACAGUGGGCGGCUGGCGUGGCAUUACGGCAAGGCCCGGCACGGAGAGGCUGUGACUCCGAACCUCUCCACACCGAUGCGCGCCGACAAGCGAUCAUCGCGCAAGCUGGCCGGGGCCUUCCCGGGGCUGCUGCCGUACCGCGCCAGCCUGGCGGGGCCCGCGGGGGUCCCCGGGGCGCAAGCGGCGCAGCUGGGGGGCCCCGGCAACCGCGCGUCGUGGAGCGGCGGGCAGCCCUCGAGGGGUGGAGGCGGCCGCUGGGGGGGAGGCGGCGGCGGCGGUCACGGGCGGCGCCGCUGGGGCUCGGCCGAAGACCUCGUGGAGGAGGAGGAGGACGGCGAUGCGCUGGCGGCGGCGGCGGCGGGGCCUUCCGGCGGUUCGGCCCCGCAGUCUCUCAAACUCGGACGCAAGUCGUCCAAGUGACAGCACCGCCGCCCACCCCGCCCCGAGCGACCCGGGCGGCGGAGGAAGCGAUGUCGACGCCACGUUCUCAGUCGGGCCUUGCCAGUGGAGGAGCUCGGAGGAGCUGGCGAGGGUUCUCCAAUCCCCCUACACCACCCCCCCCCCACGACGGACCGCACGUCGACACGCCGCGCGGACACGCGGGGACGUUCGCGUCGCGAGCCGUCGUGUGGGGGGGUGGCGGCUUUGGGGGAUGGGGGGGAGUGUCGGGAAACGCGACGGCCCUGGACGCCUCUCUUCCUCUGGGCCGUGUGCCUCUCAGUAUUAAUCCAGGGCCAGUACCGCACGCUUCCCCUACGUUCGCUCGCUUGCACACGUUUGCGCGUUUAAAACAAAACAAAGCCAUUGCACCCGGGGGGAGCGGCGGACCUCCCCUCCCCCUUCGGCUCGCGACCGCAGCGAGCUUUCCCCAUGGCAAAGCUCCUGCAGAGCCCGGCAACUCAGUGAUUUUUUUUAUAGCCGCAGCGCUUGCCAAAUAUCUCGGUGGGUUUUAUACGAGGAGGUGGAAGGAGGCGGCCGGUGAGGUUUUUAUAGAAGAGUUUUGGCCGUCGAGGUCCGGGCGAUGAAUCUCUGGGCGACUGGCCUCCGCGCGCUUACUUCAAUAAACGUCUCCCGCGCUUCUUGCUCUGGUCUCGGUGUCUAACUGCUUGCCGAAGAGUCGUGCGUGGCCGGUCGGCGGGUCAAGCGGUGCAAGGGUCGCGGAGUGAGGGGUCAACGGAUCGAGGUGCCCGUUGAGAAGUGUACAGGAGGACGAGGUCACGCGGUGACGCGUCGUGGCACGGAUCGCUGAUCCACCGCGACGCACGGUGACCGCAUCGGCGGGGAGCUCCUGUCUCCUGGAGGCUCCGUCACAUGGGACCACAGGAACCGGCCUCCCGGCUCCCG